AUGGUGAAACACAAUCCCGAGGAAUUUUUGAAACUUCGUCCUCCGCCGCUACCCGAAUUUAGAAACCUGGAGAUUCGGGGCACGUGGAGUGGUAAACAGCACGAACCGGUUGAUCUGCAGAUCUCCCUCGAGGUCCAAUGUAUUCCAAACACCCGGCUUCAACUACUCGAUGCCAGAUCCAAGAACGUCUCAGUGAACAAAACCUCCUCGGCUUGUCUUCAAUCGUAUGAAUCAGUCCAGGGUAAUUGGUCGGCAGAAAACUCACCCCAGAGCCCUGUGUUUACCUUUCCUGACGACGACGGACACAACGCCUCGUCCUCUUCUAUUCAUGCCUUGGACACAUCGGAAGAGUUAUACGCUGGGGAUUUGGAAUCGAACUCUGAAACACCGACUGAAACAGCAUCCUCACAUCGCGAUAGCGCUUCGGAGCUUCCCGACUACGAGGACUGUGAGGAUGUUGGUCCCCCUUUGCAGUCUUCGUCCUCAUCUCCCAUUUGUUCGUCCAAGCUGUGCUUGACUGUUGCAAAAUGUCAGGACUGGGGCGAAAUGCAAAACCUGGGAAAGAGGAGUGCAACCGAAGCAUGUCUCUCGGAUUCUGAACCAGAAAUCACCAACAGAAAAAAUGCAUCAAAAGGAGCUGCUAGCAAAAAAGGGAACACCGGAUCCUCGUGUGAGAAAUCAGUAGAUUCGGCGAGAAGUCCCAGUUCUAGCACCUAUAAAUCCUCUAUCUCUUCGAAAAGGCACUCACGCAAACCCAGUUUGAUCCCUAAGCGCAUUUGGAUAGAGAAGCCUGUGCCGAAGCUAGCUCCUUCGGAACAGCCAUCGGAUGAUUCUCUUAUUUCCCUAGAAUAUUCUCAGUCUCUCGAAGGGGAAAACUAUACUCUUGGAGUUAUGGGCUCCGCAACUCGUGAGAGGAAAGACGGGGAUUUAUUUUCAACUCCGACUGAGACACGGCUUGGCACAGCUGGACCAGGCGCUUUGACUCUAUACAAUAAUGUUACGGAACGAGAUGUCACGAAACAUGGAGCUCCAGUAUCAUAUGCUGGUCAAAAAGGAGUUUUGAGAUCAAGUCACCCACCUCUUGACCCUCUCGCUCUCCACUCUGAUGAAGACGCUUCAACGGACAUCGACGAAAGCGACGAUGGCACUGCCCCGUCGACUCCCCUGGGACCCUUGGGACUCACGCUGUCGCGCACCACAGUUUCAGAAUCAGAUGAAGCACUAACUGUUAUAGACACUGAUGGCAAUGGUCGCCUUACUCAUGAAUGUGAGGAUUGCCAGCCUUCCACAGGCGAACCGGAGUUGUGUCUUGUCGACGGAAUUCUCUUAGUCAAAACCCCCCCAGGCGCCAAUCCAGCAACAUACAAGUUCUUCUUUACAGUAUCAAUCUAUCUACAGGAGGGCAAGUCAGACAAAUGGAGCAAUUUGGUAGUGCCAGGACUUCCUAGAUUGAAAGCCAGUGAGAGUGGGCUUUUCGUCUUCCACAUGCCUGAGGACCACACCAUGGAGUUCGAAGGCACCCGUUUUGCAAAGCAUAAAACUACCCAGAACUAUUUCCUUGGAGUUUUCUUUGAUUCCGGGUUGAAUGAUCUCGUUGUCCCUCUGCGCGUCUGCAAACCGAAGGCCUGUAGUACCGUGAAGGGCUUCGCCAUCGACCAAGAGAUCAGGGCUGAGUAUGUAAUCAGUACCACAGAAGGAGGUGAUGGGAAAGCCAACCAGACUUGCCUUUUAGUGAAAUAUGAAGCGUUGUGUUCGCUGAGAUUUCACAGUAGUCGUUUCUGGGCCGAAAGAUGUUGCUUCCUUCUCAGUGUGGACGGUGGGCCCGAGGGCUUCUUCCGGUGCAACAUUGACUCGAAGAGUGACGAUGUUGCGAUCCUGGACUUGGAUACCGGGGAUAAAUCUAUUGGAAUUUCUCGUAUCCGGGUAUUUUGUGCCCCAAGAGAUCUGGACAUGUUUUUCGUCAGGUGGGAGGUCAAGCUUCCUAGAAACAGUGGCAACAACAAAGUGCAGAGCUGGAUGCCACGGCUAUAUUCAGUUCCGUUUGAACGUAAAAGAGGUCAAAUGCGGCAAGCGUUCGCCAGAAUUGAAGUCGAAGUGCAAAAGGCCGACGAUCUUGAAAAGGAGACUGUAAACAACGUUGGCCAUAAAGGGUGCCAGGAAACCUUUGGUGCUAAUGGCUUCCUUGAGAAUAAUGUCCAAUCGUCAAAUUCCUCGACUGCUUUAACCUUAGCACCUCCGAUGCUGUCUGGGGAAAAUAUGCUGCGGGCUGAAAAGGGCUAUAGGGACGCAGUGAUCAGCCAUAUUCGGCGCUUGGGGAUGAGCCCAAAGCAAAUAUUCAUUAUAAUAUCAUGUGGAGUGGUCUUGCUCUGGUCCAUCUUCGCAGUACUUGAAUUCGGUCCUCCAUACUUCUAUACCGUCAAAAACAGUGUUCAAAAAGAGACAAACUUGGGCCUUUAUCCUACCACAGCUGGCUAUUCAGGUUUGGAGGAAGGAAGCCCCAGAGACAAAAUUUCAGGCAUUCGGUGUGACUUUGCCCGAACACCGCUCGUGGAAUCCAACCAGAACAACUCUGUUAAAGAUCUCGGGUCCUCUGAUAUGAAUGUCGAUGCACACGAACCCCUGAGUGAUAACCAAGAGGACAGUGUCGGACAUGGCGCGAAUACUGUCGAGGAAAACAGCAUCGAAAUUGAAAAGCAAAUGACAUUAUCCGAGGACAACCCCGAAGAAAUGGCCAGCCAAGAGGACAUGGAGAUGAAGAUAGAAUUACGUGAAGUUGUAAGCCCUUCUAGUCUCUCGUUCCGGGACAGAAUUGACUAUAUGCUUGGAUGGAGAGGGCCCGUUGGCCGUUGA